AUAGGUCGGUCAGUUUUGUGAUUGACAAAGCAUCCUUGGCCACUUUGGCGAAAUCAAACGGUGUUAUUAACUACGGUUUCUCAGCCAUCACAAUGAGGGUAUAUAAAAAGGACGAGGAGCAAUCCUUACCUAACGACACAGGUCCAGCAGCACCGCAAGGCACUGUUGAUACCAUAAUGGAAGCGGGUGAUAUUGAAACUGCUACCGCAAACUCAGUGGGCCCAGUAGAAAUACUGCCUACCACUUCUGAUUCAAUAAAUAUGGACGUGACUAUGUCCUCUCCAGCUCCUUCAAUUACAUCUGAAGAGAGUAUUGGUACGCGCUAUCUUUUUGACGAAGAAGAACUUUUGAACUCUGAAAAUGAAUCUGAAGAAGAUAGCGCGCUUGACGUUACAGUGGUGGACACUACCACAUCCAAAACAAAUCAUGAUGCGGGUACUACAAAUUAACCUGCACCACUGCAAGGCUGCGUCCGCCAGCUUGUUGCAAUGCCUCAGCAACAACGAGGCUGAUAUGGUCCUGGUGCAAGAGCCAUGGGUUUUCAAGGAUCUUGUCUGCGGACUCAGGACUAAAAACUUUGACUUAAUGUAUGCGGUAAACAAGGUAUAGUGACAAAGACCUAACCGCAGUAAGUAUUGAGGGACCUUGGGGCCAGAUAUGGGCGGUAUCUGCAUAUAUGGCUCAUGAUCACGAAGAGUUACCAUCAAGUAGCCUAAAACAGCUGACAAUUGACGCUAGGAGACUUGGUGCAGAUAUCAUUUUGGGUUGCGACGCAAAUGCGCACCAUGAAAUAUGGGGCAGCUCAAACACGAAUGAACGUGGUGAGUUACUUUUCGAUUUUAUUUUUAGUAAUAAUCUUUUUAUAUGUAAUGACGGUAAUAGGCCGACUUUUGUUACCAAAAACAGGCAGGAGGUUUUAGACAUUACCGUGACUACUGCCAAAAUUCAUGGGUCUAUAAGAAAAUGGAAAGUGUCCACUAGACACUCUUUUUCAGACCAUAUGAUUUUAGAAUUUUCUAUAAACUUAAAGAAAUCAAGUACCCCCAGUUUAGAAACUUUCAGAAAUGUCAGGAAUACAAACUGGACAAAGUACAAAUCAUCUAUAAAUGAGCUGCUGACAAACUCUACUCUUUAUCCGCCAGAGAAUAUAAAUGAUCUGGACGAGCAGGUAGGAGAUCUUACCUCAAUACUUAAUGAAGCUUUUAACCUUGCCUGUCCUUCAACUCGACCUAGUAGGAAGAGUAACCCACCCUGGUGGAAUAGAAACUUAGGUCAAUUGAGGAAAGAAUGCAGGAGACUUUUUAAUAGGGCAAAGCUAAAUAGAAAUGAGAGUGACUGGUCUGAAUAUAAGAUCUCUCUGCAGAAUUAUAAGAAAGAACUACGUAAGUCUAAGAGGAU